AUGUCGACAACAGCGACAUCCAUCCCUGCAAAUGUAGAAGCCACAGCGCCGGCUUCAUCAGUCCCUAGGCCUCUACUCGCCCGCUUGAAACUAUGGAUCCGUCUCUGGAUCUUCAAAGUCACUGUCCGCUCCCUCUUGGGCACCCUCCGCUUUUUCCGCUACCAAAAGAUGGGGACCCUUCAACCUACCUACAAGAAAACUUAUCCCGUCGGUGCUCGCUUGACCAAUGAUGUUUGGAUCCCCAGCAGCUGGAAAGCUGGCCAGACAUUGCCUUUGUACAUUGAUAUUCAUGGUGGUGGAUUUGCAAUUGGAGACCCCUUCCACGAUGACGGAUGGUGUCAUUAUCUGGCCGAAAAGCAGAAUAUCUGUGUUGUGAGCUGCGACUACAGGAAAGCUCCAGGCUACUAUUUCCCCACUCAAACUAAUGAUUUGGUGGAAAUCGUCACGGCUAUCCUCAACGACUCUACACUACCAGUCGACAAGAGUAAGAUAUGUAUGGGAGGUUUCUCAGCAGGCGGAAAUCUCUCCCUCUCAGUCGCUCAAUCUCGCUCUCUGCAAGGCAAAAUUGCCGGUCUAUUGCUCUGGUAUCCUUCCACUGACUUCAGCGGGAAGUACAAGGGAGAAAUGAGAAACGCACCUGAUGGCUCCCCCGAUGUUUUAGAAAAAAGUGGAGAGCUGUUCUCCUACGGAUACCUACCCAACAAGGUAGACUUGAGAGAUCCUUUGCUCUCACCUAUUUAUGCGGAUCGCAAGCUUUUGCCGAAGAAACUGAGAUUCGUAGGUGCAGAAUACGAUUUCCUCUGCAACGAAGCUCUGGAAGCUGCGAAGCUUUUCGCUGAGGCAGAAGGCGCAAAGGACAAGAAGCAGGGCGAUGCGCAAGAAGAUCAGAAACAGGGAGUAAAAAGCUGGAAGCAAGGGAAUAUUUGGUGGGAAGAAGUCCUGGGCGCACAGCAUGGGUUCAAUUACAUCAAGAAGAAGGAGCCCAAAGCAGAGGAGGAGAGGGAGAGGAUUACAGAAUUGGCUUAUGAGAGGGCUGCUGCUUGGUUGAAGAGCGAGAUUUAUACUUGA